GCCUGUCUCUCUGCUACCGGCCGACCCGCAGGCUCUGGAGCUAGCUCUGUAAAGCGAGUUAGCUCCAGCGUGGGGCGCGGCCGUCGGCUGCUCGGGUCUGGAUGAUGAAGACCUAGCUGCUGGUCCAUUCUCUGAGAGAGAAAUCAGUGGGACUUCUGAUGCAUUCAAUGAACAUCUGAUUGUUCACUAUUUGUAGAGGUGCUGUUUUGAAAUCGAACUUUGAUUAUAAAAUCAGCCAGACGAUCAUUUCUGCAGCAAAGUUAACCCGUCGACUUCCUGUAGAGCCAAGGCUUUUUCCAUUAAGAAUAGAAAGCGUGCAGAAGUGGGUCUCCCACGCACCCUGUUGCCUCCGACCGUCUUGCAUGAUCUUAACUGCUCCACACUCUAUAUCCUCCUCUUGGAUAUGGCGGUGUCUCUCCUUCCCUCUGUGUCCAUCUGAGGAGCCAGAAGAGAUCCUAGCGCGGCUCUGUCCUUCCUCUGCCCUCCACUUCCUGUUCAUCCUCAGCUGGACACCAGCUUUGGCCACCUUCAGGUCUACACUGUGGCUCCGCAGACUUGAUGGGGGUAUUCAUGGCCAGGGAGAUCAGAGUCACAGAGACGGUGCACCCUGUGAUAAUACUUUCUGUUGAGUCAGUCGUAGCUUUAUUGGGCAGCCGUCUCUGUCUCUGACUCCAGUAGUCGCUACACUAGUCAUGUUGUCAUCCAGUCUUUUGUGGCUGCCACUGACAUCCAGUACGUCCACUGAUGCAUCUGCACGCGUCAUCAGUGAUGAUCCUGGCAUCAGUGCGUGUUUUGGGUCUUUUAUCUUCACACACCCUCUUCCAGGUGACCCAUCCAGGGAUGUUCAGUCCCUGUUUGGGUCCAGAUGGCUAAUUAGCUACACUGACUCCACAGUUCUCCUCUUUUAAGCCACAACCAUCUUGAGGCCAUCUCUGCUGCUUCAGCGGUGCAAUGGGUGGCUCUCCUCUUGCGUUCUCCCUCGAUGCCAAGACUACUCAAGGCUCUGGCCAAAGAGUGAGCCGUAAAACCUCUGCAACUAACCUCAUAUGUGAAGCAAGUUGCUCUCCAACCUGCCUGCUUGCAGUCACUGAUCAGCCAUGAGUUCUUGGAGAACCUUUUCUGAGGCUCUUGUUCAAACUUCCCAUGGGACUGUCAUCUCCAGCAGCACAGUUGGCUUGAUGACCUCAGACACAACAACGGGGAACUUCAGUUGCUCUUCCAGAUCCACCAAUAGCUUCAUCUCUCUACCAGAAGUAAGGAGACUGAAGGCAAUGCUUUAAUCUGAGAGACAUAACGUCUUUGCUCAAAUGAGUCCUGUGCUGAUCAUAAAAAUUACAAAACAUUUAUCACUGUGUUAAUAUCUGGAAUAAUAUAAACACCUUUCCAUGUCCCCAUAUUCCAUGUUGUUUUAAUGAAAAGUUAUUUUCUUUUGUUUCAAAAAAUAAUGGAAGAUAUUGUUGUAAGCUUUACUAGCAGGUUUAUAAUUAUAAUGAUAAUAAUAAUAAUGAUGGUUAUAAUAAUAAUUACAGCGAGAACUGGAAGCAGUUAUGAUGAGUUUCUUGCUCUUCUGGCAUCUCGUGAACCCCCCUGCAUGCUUCAUGCCGGCGCUCUGCCUGUGUCAAACUACUCACCGUUUUUCAGGACGGUUUUUGGCCCUGAUGGGUUUCAAAUGCAGGAAUCCUGAAAAUAAAUGUACUGUGAACCAGCGUCCCUUAUUAAGGUCCACAGUCAGCUAAACUGUGUCUUGCAUCACUAAGCAAGCAGGAUUUGAGUACUACGCAAAUGUUGCUAGCCAUGAAAAUGUGCAUUUGGCUCCAUCAAGUGGCCAGAUGGGACGACUACACUUCGGAGGCAGCGUGAUUGUCCUUUGUUCUAUGAAUUUUUGUAUGUUCAAAAAAUUCAAAAGGUGUCCAAAAUGUGGUAAUCUGAAAAUUUACCAAAUGACUAAACUUGCUUGUCAUUUAUGCUGAAUUUUGUCAAUGCUGGUCUGUUGAAUUAUACAUGCAUAAAACAACAGUAAGCAUUAAGAGCACUCAGUGUCAAAGUUUGAUUUGCUGUUAUUUAAACAAAGCAACACAGAUUCUUACUCAAUGAAGGCUGACAUACCACUAGGAUUGUGUGGUGGUACUGGAAAGUUCGACAAAAGUCCGAUCAGUAGUUUUACUGUGCCACCUAGUGGUGGAAAGUUGACAAACUAGCUGGACAUGGUUGAAAUGCUUGUAACUGGUGGAACGAAGGACAUUGUUGAAUUUGUUUUGUUGUUGCUAUGGUGGCGUACAGAGGUGCAUUGGCCUUUCUAGCUCCUGAGAUUAAGCCCUAUUUUACUAUCUAUAAAGCUAGGAAGCCAUCAAUUACGACUCUCGUUCUUGGGCAAUGUGCACUCACUGGUUACAUCUGAGGUUGAGUGUUUCUGCAGAGAUGAAGAACUGUGCUGUUCUUUGCCUAACGGAAACCUGGCUUAACAGCAACAUGCCAGACUCAGCUUUCCAGAUCAACUGUCUUCACUUAUUCUGAGUGGACCACGACCAAGGAUCGGGAAAAACAUGGGGAAGAGGUCUCUGUAUGUACGUGAAUGAAGGUUGGUGUACAAACUGUGGACUGUAAAAAGCUGCUGCUCUGAAGCGACCCACCCCACUGAGUGCUAAUGAUCACAAAGCCUCGAAGAACCUGUAUGAAUGACAGCAUUAGCUCAAUGCAGAUGAAGCACCCAGAGGCAUUUGACACAGUUGCAGGGGACUACAAUCCCAUGAAACAAACACUCUGCCCGGUUUUUACCAGCAUGCCACUUUUCCUACAUGUGGAGACAACACUCUGGACUGUGUAUACACUAAUAUUCAGAGUUCUUCCUCGCCCCCCUCUUUGCCUCUUCGACCACAUCUCCGUCCUGCUGGUGCCAUCAUAUCAUCCGCUGAUGAGUGCUGAGGUGAGCGCUCAGCUGAAAGCUAUGGACGCUGCGUUCAGGACAGGAAGGCAUCAGCACUCUGAGAAGUGAGGAAAGAAUUGGCUGCAGGCAUUGUGAGGGCCAACGGCGCAUACGUCCAGAAAAUUCAAGGUCACUUCAGCACCAAUGACCCCCGGUGGAUGUGGAAGGGCCAUCAAGUACAUCACUAACCACAACAUCAGGGGUGCACGAUGCCCAAGGGACCCCUCACCGCCAGAUGUACUUAAGUUCUACGCCCGCUUCGAGAAUCCUACUAUCUCCCUCAGCACCAGUCUAAUACCAUCACCUGGUGACACGCCUCUCUGUGUGACCAUAGAAAAUGUGAAGACGUCCCUCCAGGAAAUCAGCCCCCGUAAAGCUGCAGGCCCCGACAACAUGCCAGGGCGAGUACUGAGGGUCUGAGCACAUCAGCUGUCUGAAGUGUCGGCGCACAUCUUCAACACCUCACUAUCACUGUCAUCUGUGCCGACCUUCUUAAAGACCGCCUCUAUUGUCCCUGUCCUCAAGUCCUCCACAGUGACGAGCCUGAAUGACUACCGGCCUACAGCCUUAACAUCGGUAGUCAUGAAGAGCUUCGAAAGGCUAGUCAUGAACCACAUCAAGGACUCCAUUAACAUCCCUGUGGACCCACAUCAGUAUGCCUGUAGGAAGAACAGAUCCACUGCUGACGCCACACAGCCCUCACCCACCUGGAGAACAGGGAUUCUUGCAUCCAUCAGACCUCAGACUGUCAUGAUCCACAACACCAUCUCUUUCUCCAUCAUCCUCAGCACUGGCUCGUGCUGAGCCCCAUUCUCUUCACUCUGCUGACGUAUGACCGCUUGGCAAGACACCCCAGCUGUCAUAUAGUGAAGUUUGCUGACGACACAGUAGUAAUGGGAUUCUUCAUGAACAGCGAUGAGUCCAAAUGCAGAGGAGGUGGAACACCUGGUGCAGAGAAAAUAACCUCUGCAUCAACGUGAAGAAGAGCAAAGAGAAGGUGGUGGAUUUUAGAAGAGGCAAGGAUCCUCUUCAGGGUUCCAACAGAGUUCCAACAGAGUUCCAACAGGGUUCCAACAAGGUUCCAACAGAGUUCCAACAGGGUUCCAACAAGGUUCCAACAGGGUUCCAACAGAGUUCUAAGGUUUCAACAAGGUUCCAACAGAGUUCUAAGGUUUCAACAAGGUUCCAACAGAGUUCCAACAGGGUUCCAACAGAGUUCCAACAGGGUUCCAACAGGGUUCCAACAGGGUUCCAACAGGGUUCCAACAGAGUUCCAACAGGGUUCCAACAGGGUUCCAACAGAGUUCCAACAGGGUUCCAACAGAGUUCCAACAGGGUUCCAACAGAGUUCCAACAGAGUUCCAACAGAGUUCCAACAGGGUUCCAACAGGAUUCCAACAGAGUUCCAACAGAGUUCCAACAGGGUUCCAACAGGAUUCCAACAGGGUUCCAACAGAGUUCCAACAGGGUUCCAACAGGGUUCCAACAGAGUUCCAACAGAGUUCCAACAAGGUUCCAACAGAGUUCUAAGGUUUCAACAAGGUUACAACAGGGUUCUAAGGUUUCAACAGGGUUCCAACAGGGUUCUAAGGUUUCAACAGGGUUCCAACAGGGUUCUAAGGUUUCAACAGGGUUUCAACAGGGUUCUAAGGUUUCAACAAGGUUCCAACAGGGUUCCAACAGAGUUCCAACAGGGUUCCAACAGGGUUCCAACAGGGUUCUAAGGUUUCAACAAGGUUCCAACAGAGUUCCAACAGAGUUCCAACAGGGUUCCACCAGAGUUCUAACAGGGUUCCAACAGAGUUCCAACAGGGUUCCAACAGGGUUCCAACAGGGUUCCAACAGGGUUCUAAGGUUUCAACAAGGUUCCAACAGAGUUCCAACAGAGUUCCAACAGGGUUCCAACAGGGUUCUAAGGUUUCAACAAGGUUCCAACAGAGUUCCAACAGGAUUCCAACAGGGUUCCAACAGGGUUCUAAGGUUUCAACAAGGUUCCAACAGAGUUCCAACAGAGUUCCAACAGGGUUCCAACAGGGUUCUAAGGUUUCAACAAGGUUCCAACAGAGUUCCAACAGGAUUCCAACAGGGUUCCAACAAGGUUCUAACAGAGUUCCAACAAGGUUCUAACAGGGUUCCAACAGAGUUCCAACAGGGUUCCAACAAGGUUCCAACAGAGUUCUAAGGUUUCAACAAGGUUCUAACAGGGUUCUAAGGUUUCAACAAGGUUCUAACAGGGUUCCAACAUUCCGUAGUAACACUCUGCUGGAGCAAGCGGACUGCCUUGCAUUUGCGGUCCAAUUGCUUGGGCGCGUUGGGAACCCCUGUAUUACUAAGUUCAGAAAAGCUUUGAAGAACAAAACGUAGUUGAAUUUAAGUUUCGUGGCUGAAGAUGACCCUGAUAUCUACUGAUGAGUUCAUCUAAAGUUGUGUUCCUGACCUCUGAUCCCAUUGUCCUUUUA